AUGUCCUCCGAAACCAGUGUCACCAACCCCCCUACCUUCUUUGUCAAUCUCCCAACCAUAAAUCUCGAAAAAGCAACCGCCUUCUUCGUCGCCCUCAACUUCGACCACAUCAAGCUCUGGUCCGAUGACAAAUCUUCCGCAUUCCGCCUUCCCGGUGCCAGCUCCCAAGUCUCUCUCAUGAUUCAUAUCCAUGAGCGUUUCAAAACAUUCAACCGGCCCGACACAUCCGUUGUUGAUGCUUUCAAGUCGACCGAGGCCCUCUUUUCUUUCAUGGCGAAAGACAAGGCGAGUGUGGAUGCGUUUAUUGAGCAGGCGGUCAAUGCAGGUGGCAAGGCAGAUCCGUAUGUGUUGAAGAACUAUGGGCAGGAUAUGGGCAUGUACAACCGCAGCUUUGAGGACUUGGAUGGGCAUAUCUGGGAGGUUUGCUCUAUGGUUGGGCUUUGUCCUGGAGCUUGA